UGCGUAGAUACACGCAUCCUGAUGAUGAAGCAGCGCAUCGACCGCCUCACCCUCCUGCAGGAACGGCAGGCGGCCGCGGAUCAGCUGGAGCCCAAGGAGAUGGAGGAGCUCCGGGACAAGAACGAAAGCCUCCUCCUCCGCCUGCAUGAGACGCUGAAGCAGUGCCAGGAUCUGAAGACGGAGAAGGGGCAGAUGGACCGGAAGAUCAGCCAGCUCUCCGAGGAGAAUGGGGAACUCACGUUCCGGGUACGAGGGGGGGGCAGA